AUGUCUUCACAUCAAAUUCUGUCUGAAAAACAUGAGUUGAUUUCUACAAAAAGAGUGACAUCGAAAGAAAAUCUCUUACUGCAAGCAACAAAGAUGUUACAAACCUCACAAAAACAAUUUCCUCCCACUCAAAUUUGUGAUAAUGUACGAAUACAAGUCCCUGAUGUCGAUCGUGGUCAUACAGGUAGCCAAAGUGUGUUAGCGGUUGUUGUUGGAAUAGAAGACUCUGACUUUUACAAACUGACAAAUAAAAACAGUACCCUCAAGCAGCUUUACACAUGUAAUCAGUUCAUAAUUUGUAAAGAAAAGUUACUUUCCGUAGAUGAGAUUUCUUUUCAAGAAAUGUCACUGAGAGAAGCAGCUGCAGCUAAUUCGAGAAGUGGGGGACAAGGCUAUACACGCUGUCAUUGCAAAAGGAAGUGUUCCACAAAUAAAUGCAGUUGUAAAAAAUGUACUGUGUAUUUUAAAUUCUUGGUCAUUCCUUUCAGAGAGAGGCGAAAAAGUUACAUCACCCUUGUGACGUUUUUUAGUGACUAA